UGACAACAAAGGAAUUGAUUAGGUUGGCUCUUUUUUUUUUCCACUUUUCUUUCCCUUAUUUUCUCUCCCUCUCUCUCUCUCUCUUGCAUACAUACUAUAUCUAUUCAACAUGUCACCGGAUACCAAGAAACGAAAUAAACCGUCAAAGGCAUAUCUAGACCAAUCUGAUAUUCCCUCCGUCAAACUAAAUAAACCUAUGAAGCAACUAUUGAUUCUUGAUCUCAAUGGUACAUUGGUCUCUCGAACAAAAGGCAGCCAUUCCCUUUAUAGUCGUCCUUAUCUUGAACCUUUCUUGGACUAUAUCUUCGAUAACUUUUCAGUCAUGGUAUGGAGUUCAGCUACAUAUAAAAAUGUAGACAAGAUGUGUGAAAUCUUUGGUAAACAUCGUAAAAACCUGAUUUUGAUUUGGACCCGAAGUAACUUUGGACUUUCUGAAGCAGAUUACAAUAGAAAAGUAAUCACAAUCAAGGACUUGGAAUUGGUGUGGAAGGAAUUACCGAAAUACAAUGCUAAAAACACGAUAUUGAUGGAUGAUUCACCAGAAAAGACAAUUUUACAACCUUACAAUCAUUGUGUCAUAUCUGAAUUCAAUCAUCUAUCUCCAAGUUUUAAGAAACGUGGUGAAAAUGAACUAAUCAAGGUACAAAGGUAUUUGGAACAAAUCCGAUAUGAAGAUAAUAUUAGCAAUUACAUCAAGCAUUCUCCUUAUGGAACUACCUUUAAAUUGAACGAACAACAACAAGUCGAACCUGAAAAUGAUGAUAAUGAUAAUGAUGGAUACCCAACUUCUUGUUUAUGUUAUCAUUAUAUGUUUCCUCAACAUGGUAAUCAAUGUCGACGAGAACUCUGUGAUUUAGGAAUGGACGACAUUCAAUCAAAAUUGGAAAGGAUCAAAUUAUGAUAAGACGAAAAUGAUGAUUAUCUAGUUUAGUUUGACUAUAGAAAUGAAAUUGUGAUCGAUUGGGUUUACAAAAACGUUAAUAAAGUCUAUUUUUAUCACUAUA